AUGUCGCGAGAAGUGGAUACGCCACGACCCAUUCUAAUAGACCACUUUCUCAAGGAGGCUCUUCAGAUUCUAAAGCAUGCCAGCAUGGCCGUGACAGCACCUGACAGCACCACCACCAGUAGUAGUACCAGUACCAACAGCAGCAGCAGCAUAAUCAGUGACCAGGGACAUGAGGACGACAAUGACAUUGAGGGUGGAUCGGUUACUUGGAGGCUGAACUUUACGUCUUCCAUGAUAACGCUUGAUACCAACAUUCAAACGAUUGCUGGAUUGGACAAGGUGAUUGAGCAAUUGAGCGUCAAUGUGCAGCCAAGGCCUGUAACGAGCAGCAGCAACAGCAACAAGAGUUUGCCGCGACGACGACGACGAGGAGGAGCGACCUAUGGCGACGUGGAUCAGCAUGAUGUACCAGGCUUCCUACACGCGGUAUCCAUGGCAUUGCAUCUAUCGUCCGUAUUUCCAUUACCUAAAGCCGACAUGUUCCGUCAAUUCAACUCGAUGCAGCUGAUGCAUCAAUGCGUGCAAGCGUUUGUGAUGUGUGACGGAGCCAUCUAUUUCAACAUCCCACAGCUUUUGCAGCAAACCGAUAAGGUGCUUUCAAAUCCAUCAGCAUCCAAAGAGUACCCGGUUGAAACACUCUUAGUGCUUAGCAUAUGCACUGUAAUGAUUCGACAUGUCAUGGUUCAUAAACGAGGUCAUCCAGCGGUCGCCACAGGGCUUAUGCAAGCAUACUAUUCACACGCACGGAUACUCUUGCAAGAUUUAUUCGAUAUUCAUCAUAUUUGUGUCAUCCAAUCCCUGCUGUUGCUAUCGCUUUAUCCAAAAGGACAUGUGGAUAUGAUAUCACCUUCUCGCAUUCAAUCACCCCUACUUGCUAUGACGGUUCGGAUGGCGCUUGCCAUGAAUUUACAUCAAUUGGAUGCCGAUCGACUUGGUGUAGAGCAGCAGCAACAACAACAAGAGGAGGAGGAGGAGGAUUCAGAGGAUAAGGAAAAGUUGAGACGAUUAGCAUGGAUGAUACUUUGUGCCGAUUACUUUGCCGAAAGGAAUGAGUCAGGUCAAAUGGGGCGAAUCAAUGUGACAAAUUGGCAAGUGGAUUUCCCUCGGCCAUUAUCGGGAGAAUCACCCUACACGCAAAGGCGAGUCGAGUAUCUAUCUCAGUACAGCCGUAUCGUUAUGCUCCGCAAAAUGAAUCUCUUUGGAUCAGCUUACCGCAUUGUACUACGAUCACCACGCGCACUCGAAUCAUCCAUGGAUGAAAUGCUUUUCAAAACAUACAUGAAUACGCCACCCUCUUUACAACUCAAUCUCGACAUUUCACUCAUCGACAAGUACACCAAGACCGACAUUGAACCAUUAUUAUUACACGCUCUCUACUAUGAUACAUUGAUCUCCACCCAUAUCCCCUUUCUACCAAAGCAUCAUCUCGAUUCCCUCGAUCGUGAACGACCUACACGUGAAGCAUGUGUCUCUGAUAUUUAUCAACGCAUAUGCCCCCAGCAACGCGUCUUCCUUCCCGACAUCGCAUCUUUCAUCCAUGGCAACAACACCGUAUCAUCAUCCGACAUGGACAAGAGCAACAGCAAUAGUAGCAAUAGUAGCAGCACCACCAACAGCAGUAGUAGUAACGAAGAAACGCCAUCCAAAGACGACAUCGAAUUCCAUAGCAUUGUUGGAUGUAUCGAGGCAGCAUCAAACUUGACGUUAGUGCUUGAGGUACUUUGCAGGUUGGAUCCUACUGGUUGCCAUUGGUCACCGAUCUAUGGCGGUUUGGUUACGGUGCACUUGUAUCAUAUGCUGGAAAUGAAUUCUGGGGAUCUCGAUGUGAAGCACGUAUGCCAAAUCAAUCUUGUGCGCACCAUGCGUGUAUUGCAACAGUCUGGUACUGUAUUUGCUGAUUCAGCCAUGUUGUAUUUGGAUCGAAUAUUGCGUCAAUGGAUCACCGUCAACCAUGAAGAACCUACACAGCAUCUUCAACGUCGUGUGGCAGAAACCAUCCAAGGUCUAAGGAAACGUGCCAAAACGCAACUCAUGAAGAACAACAACAACAACCAGCAACAACAGCAUGAACAAUUCAACAACGUCAAACUUGAAGAAUCAGCAUGA